UAUCGCACAAAAUAUGCCAAAAAUGCUGGCAACUCUUUGCAAAUACACCGACACCAAGUUUUGGUUGUUUAUAAAAAAUAAUUCACAAGUUUGCUACAAAGAUGUUGUGCAUGUAGCGUUAGAGAAUCAAGCAUUGGUCGAGUUUUACAACGAAAUUGUUGCUGCAGCACUCAAAUGCUAUAUGUUACUUCAGAUGACUUAUAUGGUUCAAACGGCUACUGAUCUCGGUAAACGAAUGUCCGGAAGCUCCUUUUGCAACUUUUGAACAACAAUUUUCACGCUGAAAACAUUUUCUUUUUCUCAACUUACAGGUAACUUUAAUGACCCGGGAUAUAAACUCCGAGAAAGUUUUUCAUUCAAUGUGACCGCCAUUCAAAACUACGUGAGAAUCGAAUUGACAAACGCAAGCCAUGCAAUGUGGGCAUGUGACUGAGAUGAUUUCACUGAUCCGGGCAUGGCAAACACUUUACCAUCAAUUUGUAUCUCAUUGUUAUUUGUUUCUUUCUUUAUAGUUCGUCUUUUGUUCUUGUCGUAGAUUCUUUUAUUGAGAUAUCAAGAUUCUAUCAGGGUUACAUUGAAAACGAGAUCAAUUUAAAUCCAGAAGGUAAUUGCCGUCAAACUUGCGAUGAAUACACUGAAACAAAGCAUUACCAUUGCGCUGAAAACAGUUUAUGUGCGAAUUUACAUGAUCCGUCGCAACAAUCGAAGCUGAUUUGCCAAGGCACCAUACGGAAUUGUCAAUAUAUUGACGGUAGUUUCAACAUUUGUCCGACGGAGGAAGGCUCGAUGCAACGUUACAAAUUUCUCGUGAACGAUGACGGAAGUGUAUUUGGCGGUGAAAAAAAUUGCAAUCAUUUGCAUACUAUUAGAGCGAAAUCGUGGUGGAGUUGGUACAUUGUAGCAAUUGUUUUUGUUACUGUGAAGAGACAUUUGGAAAACAUUCCGACAGAUACUUCAGUCUUUGGUCCGUCGUUUCAAAUACCGCCGCGAACAAAAUUAUAACUGGCGUUGGCUUUACAAAACUCAAUCGUAUCGUUCAGUUGAAAAUUAUGGAAAGCGAAUUGAUGCCAAAUGGCACAAUUGAGGCGACACAUUUGAAUAACAGUAGUUGGCACACGUCCAACACAUUUUCGAUUGACGACGAUGAUGUUGAAGAGGGUGUUGAUUUUUAUCAAAUGUCAUGGUUUAAUCGAUCCAUCGAUUUGGACACUGUUUUUGAUGCUGACCGAGUUGUGACCGGCGUUCGGUUUCGUGUUUUCAAUUCACAUUUACGCCUUGAAGUGCGUGUCACAAAGUUUAACUACCAAACUGGUAAAUUAAUCGAUAUUGAACAUAGUGAAUGGAUUUCGAACAAUGCAACCGAGACGAAAAAAUUAAUCGAACCAAAGCAUCCGGAUCGUUCAACUCGUUCCAAAGAAAAAUCAAUACCAAUUCAGGGAAAGAAUUAUUAUGUAAACUUUCAGCCGACUGAUAUUCAUAAAGAUGUUGCCCAAAGCACAGUACCGUUCAUCGAUACGACACCAAUUGUAUCCCGAAAACCAUUAGCCGGCCUGGGAUUGUAUUUGAAAACACAAAACGGAUACGGCGGCUUCAUUGGCGCAAAGCUUAUUGUAUUCGAUGCAUCGUUAGACAUGCUACCAAUUAAUAAUUUUUAACGCCAUUCCUUUUUUUAAGAAAAAUAUUAAUACAAUUUGUUGUAUGUUUGUAAAUCUUUUUUUAUUUUAU